AUUUUCUCUAGAAACCUCAAUCCAAUUCUGAUUUUGUAUUUAGAUUUUCCCUCAAAGUCCUUGAUAAACGAUCACGUAAAAUAGAUAAAGUAAAAUACAAUGUGUAUAAAUCUCAUCGCUUAGCCUUUUUUUUCGAAAUCAUCCUAAAAGAGGGUAGAAAAACAGCCUAAAAUAAUUCAUUUUUAUAUUGAGUGUGUUUUGUAUGAAAAGCUGACGUCCAUUUCCACCCCUGCUUUAGAAAUUUCCCGCUGCGAAAAGUGCUUUUCUCGAGCCGUUAUGCAUGUCCUGAUGGAGAAAGUUUUGUUAAGUAAUUCCAUAUAAAAACCGGGAAAAGGUUAUCUUAAAAAGAUCUUCUUUCUCGAAUUUUGAUUAGGCGUAUAUCACAGCCGGUUCAUGCAAUAAGCUUCGAAUUAAAAAAACAGGAAGCUCUCAGCAAUUUAAUAAGAAAAUUAAGCCCAGCUCUGACAAUACAAUUUGUAUUAAAACUCAAAGUCAUUGCAGAUAUAGCUAAUAAAGAUAACCGCUUUAUCUUUAAACAACAAAGCAACCAAAACUAAAUAUUUUUUCAUCAGUACACAUUCGAGUAAUGGCUGAUAACGACGUUGUAACUCUCGAAGAUUGCAAAACAAUCGUAAACAAUUACCUCAACAGUGAAAAUUUCGAUAUAAAAAAUGUGACAGUGAGACCAUUUUUUGAUCACGUGAACGGAUUUCUCGGUGAACACCUGUUACUUCAGAUAGAAACCAACGAUCAACAAUUACGAUUUUUCUUAAAACGAUUUCCACAUGAGCACGUCAUGCAAAGAGACUUUUUGCUAUCCAUGAACGGCUGGCAAAGGGAAAUUUAUUAUUUUGACGAAUUUUUAAAAAAUAUUGCCAACACCCUACCUAACUACCAACUAGACUUUGUGCCGCAAUUUCUACUAGGGAAACCAAACGACAUUGUAGUAUUUGAAGAUCUUACCUUGCGAGGUUAUGGAAUGUCAAAGAUGCCAAGUGACAAUUUAUUGGACGAUCAGCACAUAUGCUUAGUGUUAGCAUCUCUAGCCAAACUGCACGCAGGGUCUUUGGCUUAUGAAGAAUAUAAAAGCAAAGAAUUGGGACAAUGCUUCAGAUUGUUUACUGGCAAAGAAGAUUUAGCUAAAGAAUCAUUGAUACGCAAGGAAGAAGGAUUUCUCGGUUACGAUUUUGUGAAGGCUGCUCAGAAAGGCUUAAGCGCACUCAUAAAUAAAGUUCAUGAAUCUUGUGAAGUUAGCUUAGAAGAAGUUCAAGAAAAAUACCAGAUAUUAGUUGAAAAUAGUUUACAAUUAAUGUUCCCUCACAAUAAAUUCCGGUGUGUUUUGGCCCAUGGUGAUCUUUGGGUUAAAAAUGUUAUGUACCAUUACAAACACGAUUCAAUGGUACCGACCCAUGCUAUCCUGGUGGAUUUUCAGCUAACACGCUACAACGUGCCAGUACAUGAUGUUUUACUGUUCAUUUCACUUACAACCAAUCAAGAAGUAAGAAAAAACAAGUUCCAUUUUUAUUUAAAUUAUUACUAUGACCAUUUAAAACAAGAACUUAGUAACGUUAAUAUUGACGCAGACGAAAUUCAAAUGUCUUAUGAUGAUUUUCUGAGAUCUGUCCAUUUUAUUAUGCCCGAAAUAAAAUUUCAAGGGCCCCUACAAAGACUGCAACAGUGCGGCAAUAAGGAUUUUUACACUAAACUUUUAAAAGACGCAGAAGCUUUCAAACAAUUUAUUUUUGGUGAUAAAACUCCAUUCGCUCUGGACCUAUUUGAGACUGAUGAUAAUUUUAGAAGCCUCCUAACUGAAGCUGUAGAGGAACUUAUUGAAGCCUCAUUGUAUCCUGAUGUUUUCAGAGAGGAUUGUUAUAGGAUUUUGGAAAAUGAGUUUGGACAUGCAUAUGAUUUGGAAAAGUUCAAGGUUGUGAAAAAGGAUGAUUUGUUCGAACUGGAAAUGGAGGUGUUGGUGGAUGAAAAGAAGAAGAUAAUGAAGUAUUUGGUGAAGAGUGAAGAUUUUGUGAGGGUUGUGAAAAAAUUGUAAUAAAUUUUUAACUCUAUUUCGUUUUUUUUUUUUUAAAUUUUUGACAUUCCAAGUGUAGAAGAAGUUUAAGAAAACCAUGCUGGAGUGGAGAAAUUCUAUUUGCUUGGGAAGCAUUUGAAAUUGAUGAUAAUUCCAGAAGCUUGACUGAACCCGUGGAGUUUUCGAUUGAGAAAUGUUUUCCUGAUGGGAUUUUCUGGCUUCGACUUUUCUCAAUCAUCUGCUGAUUUCACCCUGCCGAAACCUCGAACAUGAACAGCACUCUGGUCUAAAUUCCAUUAAUAUGGUUGGAGAAGCAUUGCUGAAAGCAGGGAUAAUGCAUCAUCACUAACCAUUCAUGUACAAAUGACCGUUGGUGCGUCCAAUGUUCCUGCUGGACGUGAAGUAAGCAGGCGAUUUCUAUAAACCGAACUAUCUCUGAAAAUAAAAGGGUUGCUAAUUUGAGGAUCGAAGCACUAAGCACACGAUUACGUGAGAUUUUACUUUUGCGCUUCACGCAUACCUGCCUACUUCACAGAGCAAGCGAGCCCUUGGAUUCUAUUGAAUGUUCUUUAAUAAGCACCAAAAUUUAUGCCGAAUAUUUUAAAAAUAAUCAUGUCAUCAUUAUGUUUUGCACCCUUUUGUCGAAUUCAGCAACGCGGAAUUUGCUGAAAUAAAAAACGUGAUAUGCCGGCCUACUGGUUUUGUUCCUGCUGGUGCAUCGGAAUCGCGUUUGCUCUGAUUUUUUGUAGUAUAACAUAGUCGGGUUCGUUCAGCAAAUUGUACGGUGUGAAUUUGUAUCUCUUUUUAAACAUCAAAUCUUCUAGAGAACGAAAUGAAAAACAAAUAGGACCUACGUUGUGUAAACUUACUAAACUUACUCAAUUUUACUUUCUUGACAUGUGCCCGACAAUAGCAAAAUUAGGGAAACUUGAGGGAAGUUGUGAUAUGUAAAAAUAAACGAAAAAUUUGUGAAACGUCUACUUUAUUAUUAAAGUAAAUCGUACCGUUCCCGACCUAGAACUAACGGGAAAGAGCAGGAAUCAAAACAUACUGUGUCAUUUCAAUAAUAAUUUUAAGUCGAUAAUCAAUAAUAAUAUUGUAAGUCAAUAACAGUUUAAAUUAGGUACCACCCCUGUGCUUGUGCUAAAAUUUUAAUUCCACACACCACAUUCAAUCAACACUACCUAAAUUUAAUACUGAAGAGUUUUUGGUUAGUUAGCCAGUUCCACCAACAGGUACUGAGGUCCCAUACGGGAUGCUAUUCAGCUAUAGUUAUUUUGAGCCAAUAGCUCUUUGCUUUAUUUCCUAGGAUAUUCACUCGUCAGGGAAGGAAAAUGUAAGUAGAUUCAACAAAGCCCUAAUGCACUUUCUGAAUACCAAAAAUUAAAAUCCCAGCACAUAAUUUCUUUAGAUUUUAAUUUACUUUUUCUUUAUCUGAGUUGUUUACAGCAUGAAAAAUAAUAGUUGUAUGAAUUGAACUCUCGAAAACAAAAUAACAAUUAUUCAACUGACCUGUGAAUGCUCCUUAUGACAUACAAACUUAUCACAAAUUGGAUUAAACAAUCAGUGUAAUACAAAAUAAAAAUAAAAAUUGAAUAAUGAACAAUAGCAGACAAGCGUCUUCUCUCUAGUUCCUCAUUUUUCUGUCUACUACCCUUCGGUACCUUUUUGUGGCGCGCUGGUUCGCCCUUACUUGACAGCGUAUAUUUGGUUGCAACAUUUAGGUACUUUUCUUUACUAAACGUUUUAAGAGUUUAAGAUUUGAAGAAAUAAUAUUUUAAAUACCUAGGUGGUUUUCCUCAUUCCCAAGGAAUUGUCUCCCUUUGAUUCGGAGGGAUCAUUAUUCA